AUUUGGAUAAAAUUAAUUCAGUUUAUUUCGUGUGCUCUUAAUCUCCCACAUACUGAUUUAUAUAAAUAAAUAAAAGGUUUUACAAAUGUAAUCCUAUAAAUGAUAUCUGCCGCUUUUCAGUUGAUUAUAGAUUACUGUGUGGCCGUAUAAAAUCUUUGAAAGCCAGGUUGGAGAAGUUAGUGUCAGACAGAAACCAUCUUUCACUAAUAACUUUUAUUGGUGUUUGUAAGUUUCGGCUACACUGUAUUUUAUAAGUUUAAUUAUAGGUUCAAUUUAAGGAAUCACCGGGAUUCUUGUACGUCUCCAUUAUAUCUUUGGCAGUAAAUGUAUUUGUUGAUUUACUAUAACCUUUGAAAUCUGUAGACAAAUUUCAUGAAUAAAGACACGUACCGGAAUCACUUGUGUACAUUAAACCAGAAGAUGAAGUGUUUCCUUCACAUGUACCAUACAUUAUUGUUGGUGCUGGAGCGGCUGGAAUGUCAGCAGCCCGUUCGAUACGUGCCUCAGACCCAACAUCUAGAAUUUUAUUAAUUUCCGGCGGUAGAGGAUCAAGUACAAUAGCUGAACCAGGUAUUGAAGAAACUUCAUUUGUUGAACCACCACCUUACUUGAGACCACCUUUAAGUAAAGAAUUAUGGAAUCGAAGUCCUGAUAAAGAGAAAAAGUUACUUCGAAGCGAUGGAGAUAUUCGUCGACAUUCAUGGUUAUAUUAUGAGCCAGAUAGCUUCUUUUUAAAACCGGAAGAUUUAAGUUCUGUUCAAUAUGGUGGAGUAGCAUUAAUGCGAGGUGAUCCUGUUGUUCGUCUGGAUCCUGAUAUACAUACCAUUUUUCUGGCAUCUGGUAGACAAAUAACCUAUGAUCGUUGUCUUUUAGCUACAGGUGGUUCACCUAGACGGUAUAAACACUUGGAAACGUGUAGUCAAACUGGUGUAAAUCUAAUUGACACUGGACAUGUUUCUUAUUUUCGUAAUAUAGCAGAUUACAGACAUCUUAGAGAUCUUGCUGAUAAACUUCGUCGAACUAGUGGUGGCAGGAUUGCUGUUAUUGGUGGUGGUUUUCUCGGGAGUGAAUUAUCUGUUAGUUUAUUAAAACAACCGAAAUCUACAGAUAGCAAGAAUGAUGAUUCCGAUUCAAAAACUCAAUCAAAACUAUCUAUAAUGCAUGCAUUUCGUGAAACAGUUCCAAUGGGCAGUGUUUUGCCACCAUGUUUAGCUUCAGCUGUUGGACGUUUUGAAUCAAGUAAAGGUAUUGAAUUGUGGAGUUCAUCAGAUGUUGUCAGCUUAUCACUUAUUCCCAAUACAAAUGUGAAUACCAGUACUCGUGCUACUACUACUACAAGUGUAAAAGAAUCGCAAAAGCUUUUACCAUUGGAAAAUGUGAUAUCCAGUACUAAUACUGAUCGUGUUCGCCUUCGUAUUAGACGAACAAUAUCUGGCAUUGAAAGAGUAGAAGAAGUAGACGUUGAUCAUGUAGUUUGUGCUAUUGGUAUAGAACCGAACACGGAGCUUUCUUCAGAUGCAUCCCUUGAAGUAGAUCCUAAUAAUGGUGGAUUUCUAGUGAAUGCCGAAUUGGAAGCAAGACAAGGUGUCUAUGUGGCUGGCGAUGCUGCAUCUUAUUGGGACCCAAUUGUUGGUUGCCGACGACGUGUUGAGCAUCUAAAUUUCGCUGAAGAAGCUGGAUCAUUAGCUGGAAAAAAUAUGGUUGCUUCAUUAUUAUCUGGAAAUAAUAAAUCUUCGUCUAGAACGUCGUCAUCAUCAUACUACCAACACCAAUCAUCUCUAUGGUCUACACUUGGUCCGGAAAUAUCGUGGGAUGCAGUUGGAUUGAUUGAUUCACGCCUACUUUUAACACGUGCUUUCUUUGCCUCUUCCACUACUACCGGUGGUGAUGACAAUGAUAUUGAACAUAAGUCAUCUAAAGAGGACAAUUCGACGACUCGAUCUUUUUCCCAUAUACCUGAUUCUAGUAUAGGUAGACUUACCAAAGGUGUUGUUUUCUAUCUUACCCCAAAAGAUAAAAGAUUAGUUGGUAUUCUGCUAUGGAAUAUGCCUGAUGAAAUUUAUACAGAUGCAAAUUAUCCGGCACCUAGUCGACUUAAUCUAGCCCGUAGUUUAUUAGCUCAAAAACUUAUCAUUGAUCUUGACGACUCCACAGAAAACAACUUGCAAAACUCAACAGGUAAUAAUUUACGUCAAUUAGCCAGUCAAUUUGACGUUUAUGGAGAGAUUGCCGAGGAUUAUGCACAUUUACAAGAAUAUAUAAAAAGGAAGAAACUAGAUGAAGAUAAUAAUAAUAAUAUCGCUAAUAAUAAUGAUAAUUCAACAUUUAGUUCUGUAGAUAAUAAACCUCCCAAUAUGUAGUAUUUUCAAAGAAGAUAUCAACUACAGUAACUAAUCAUGUGCUCAUUAGCGUUGUGGCAUUUAAAAAUGAGCAACCAAUGAGAAGAAAACUCAUUUUUUUGUUUUUGUUACAUAUAAUUUCUUACGGA